AUGGCAAUAGCUACGCUAGUCACCUACAUUGUGACUGUUGCAUUAGCAACAACAUCAAUACAAGCAACAGAUGCUACAAGUACUACCACCAUGUCUAUGGGUUCCGCUUCAACCAUCCCGGUUGCAACCACAAGCGUGAAUGGAAGCACGAGUGGAGUCAACAUGACAACUAGUACUACAGAUAACACGACAGAUACUACAACAAUUAUCUUGACGAGCACCAGUAUAACCACUGGACUCACACUUCAAUGGAAUACAACGGGAUUAAUGGUGGCCGGUAUGGGUCUUUACAGUGUGGCAGCCAACGGCCUCAACUACCCGUUCGGUAUGGCAUUGGAUGCCACAGCUUCGAACGUCUAUAUCACUGAUCAGUACAACAACCGAGUGCAAAAAUGGGCCAUCGGUGGAUCAACGGGCCUGACUGUGGCUGGCCAAUCGAAUGCAGCAACCGGCUCGAAUGCGAAUGAGUUGCAUAUACCCUGUGGCAUUGUUCUCGAUUCGACUGGAGGCUUCUACGUGGCAGAUUCAAACAACUAUCGUGUCCAAUAUUGGUCCAAUGGUGCAUCCUCGGGCACAACAGUUGCUGGCACAGGUAGACUAAUGAGAGAUACUCCUUGA